AUGCUCCUCGCCCAACUCCUCGCCCUCACUGCCGUCUCCGCCGUCUCCGCCGUCUCCGCCGUCUCCGGCGCCGCGGCCACACAGCUCGCCCCCCUGGCCCCCCCUACUCCCCAGGAGGCAGCCAAAGGUCCGCGCCGCCAGGACCUGGAGGAGCGCAACGACUACAUCGACAGCUUCGCGGCCUGGGUGGCCUCAGCCUUCGACGUCCCGAGCAGCGGCAGCAACUUUUUCGCGACCGAGACGGGCGUGACCAAGAACAUCUGGUGCGACGGCUGGCGCGAGGAGACGCAGUGGUAUUAUGAUAAACAGAUCUCGGGCUUCUCGUUCUCGUGCGGGGCGCAGUUCUGGGCCGCGCCCGGCGCCCUUCAGGCCGGGUACGGGGGCUGGAUCGCCGAGGAUGGCUCUUUCCUCUUCUCCCCGAAGUAA